UCAUCAAAUCAUUCUCCUCUUCCUCACAUUCUUCACAGCAGCUUGAGCUAGCCUUUAAUGGAGGUUUUCUCAGCUGAAUUCACCAUGCAAGCUCUUUGGCUGGGUUUCAGACAUACCCUUCUCUUCUUCUUCAUUUUCUUCUUCAGCAGAGUAGUAUAUCUCUUCUGGUUAUCUCCGAUCGUCGUGAAGCGGCAGCUUUCGCGUAGCGGCGGCUUUGAUGGCCCUCCCCCUAACUUCCCAUUGGGGAAUCUCAUGGAGAUGUAUAAGAGAGUUGAUGUUCAGACUGAACCAUGUAUCAGCCACGACAUUCAUGCUACUGCCUUCCCUUACUUUGCUAAAUGGAGGAAAACAUAUGGGAAGGUUUUUAUAUAUUGGUUGGGGACAGAGCCAUUUUUGUAUGUAGGAGAGCCUGAGUUCCUUAAGAAGGUGAGUUCAGGAGCUCUGGGAAAGAAAUGGGGAAAGCCUAAUGUGUUCAGGAAUGACAGAAAACCAAUGUUUGGGAACGGUCUGAUAAUGGUUGAUGGUGAUGAUUGGACUCAUAAUCGACAUAUUAUUGCACCGGCUUUCUCCACAAACAAUUUAAAUGCCAUGUUUGGCGUGAUGGUGGAUUCCACCACCACCAUGUUGCAUCAAUGGAGCAAAUUCAUAUCUAUGGGCAUACAUAAGAUUGAUGUUGAGAAGGACAUUACUAGAAACGCAGCUGAAAUAAUAGCCAAAACAAGCUUUGGAAUAAGCCAAGAGAAAGGGAAGAAGGUAUUUGAGAAGCUACAAUCCAUGCAGAUAAUGCUCUUCAAAUCAAACAGACUCGUUGGAGUUCCAUUCAGCAAGAUUCUAUCACCCAAGCAAUCUUACAAGGCUUGGAAGCUCGGCAAAGAGAUUGAUGAGCUUCUGCUGGAAAUUAUCAGCAGUAGGAAGAAGGAGAAUAAUUCAGAGAGUAUGGAUUUGCUUGGUCUUUUGCUAGCUAGAAAAAGUUCUAAGGAGAUGGAGAGGAGUGAGAAGAAGCUAAGUAGUAGGGAGCUUGUUGAUGAGUGCAAGACUUUCUUCUUCGGUGGACAUGAAACGACUGCUUUAGCUCUCACAUGGACUCUUUUGUUGUUGGGUGUUUAUCCUGAAUGGCAGAAGGUUCUGAGGGAGGAAAUUAUGGAGGUGACCCAAGGAGAAUCACUUAACUCUAGCAUGCUUUCAAGGCUUACCAAGAUGGGAUGGGUGUGGAAUGAGGUUCUUCGAUUGUAUUCGCCGGCGCCGAACGCACAAAGGCAGGCGAAAGAAGAAAUUGUUGUUGGAGAAGUUGUUGUCCCUAAGGGGACAAACAUGUGGAUUGAUGUAGUUGGAAUCCAUCAUGAUCAAGCUCUUUGGGGUGAUGAUGUGAAUGAGUUCAAACCAGAAAGGUUCAAAGACAACAUCAAUGGGGGAUGCAUGCAUAGAUUGGGGUUCAUGCCAUUUGGAUUUGGUGGGAGAAUUUGCAUUGGAAGAAACUUGACUUUGAUGGAAUAUAAGAUUGUUUUGAGUCUCAUUCUUAGUAAAUUUUCUAUAUCUAUAUCACCAACAUAUAUUCACUCUCCAAGAAUUAUGUUGUCAUUGAGGCCAUCACAAGGAGUUCCAUUGAUUCUUCAUGCUUUGGAGUGAUUAGAAGUUGGGGAUUGAGUAGGGUGGA